AUGGGCGGCGAGGAAACAAGGACCGCCGCCACCGGGCUAGCUGAAUCCGAAUUGAAUCGAUCCGCACCCCAGACAAUUCCCGAGCGAAAGGGCUUUUUCGGUUGGGUUUCUCAAACUCUAUCCCCGACUGCCGCGAAGAUCAAUUCAACCUCGGAGGCGGUUGCGCCUCCCCCUGGCCCUUCGUCCGAGCCGGUUCCAAAGGUUGCGCCGCUGUCGGUUGGUUCUGCAAGCAGACCUACUAGCGAAGCUAUUGCUGAGAUGGGGCCUGUCCGAAACCCGUCCACGCGACGGACCCGUCGGGAUUCGUCGGUCUUGACCCACGAUGAAGCGCUGAAUAUUUCCCGAGCAGGAUUUUCUCCGCCUGCAUCUAACCCGGGCGCAAACGCCAUGGCCCGGAACCGUCAGCGAUCAAACUCCAAAUAUGACAAGUUGGGGCUUAUGGCUGCAUAUUCUGGGGGGCCGUCGUCGUUUUAA